UAGUUGUUUAAGUGGACUUUUAUAUCUUCGUGUGUUGUCUUCACAUUCUUCUGGAUGUCAUCGAGUGAUAGUCAUUCAUUGACUUAUGAGUCAAUCCUCGAGUCCUUUGUGUCCACACUAUUGCCCCCAAAGAAGGCAUUCAAAUGCUAUUACAAUGAAUGUGACAAAUGUUUCACAACUCAAAGCCGAUUGGAUGAACACAAACGCCGCAGACAUGCCGUUCAAGACAUCACUCCUCGGGAACCGAUUGUUAGCUCAACCGAUGCCAGAGACCAGUCGACGACAGCCACAGAUGUUGGACAGCAGCAGCCAAAUGCCACACCAGUGGCCAACCUUUCAACCACUUCCAGUCCCGACAGCCAAUCGCUGGACAAUAUGUGCGAUGACGAUACAAAUGGCACCGAAUUAGUGGACACAAUACCGAUGUUAAACACCGGCCAAACACUGCCACCUAUACGGAGUGGUCAGCAAUUGGCCACGACUUCACUCGUGGAUAGCAAUCCGUGCCUUAAUACUAUUAAUACAAAUACUGGUCACACGUCGGUCACCGCUAACCCCCUCCAGACUAGCGGCCAAACUGUCGUUGAUUUGCCGGCAACUCAUAAGUGCCUUAUCGGCGGCUGUGGUCUCGAGUUUUACAUUAAAUACACACUAAUCGCACACCAGAGGGCUGUCCACAAGACAACGGCUCAAGACAUUCACUUCAGGUGCGACACGAGUGGUGUCGGCGGCAGUCAUAGCGCCGUUGGUUUAGGCGUCUGUAGUCCUAAACCUGAUGCCAUCCAUGAGUGCAAACACUGCCACAAAACAUAUGCCACGAAACGGGAGCUCAAGAAACACCGCCGGACUGUCCACUCAUCGGACGGCAAAGCGUACGGCUGUGCGCACAACGGCUGCGGCCUAUCGUUCGCCACAAUACCGGAGCUGAAGAAACACCGACUGUCUGUCCACUCGGCCACCGGUCGACAGUAUCGGUGCGACCGCUGCGACAAAACAUAUCACAGCAAACAAAGGUAUGAUAAGCAUAGGCUGACUGUCCACUCAACGACGGCCACUGAAGCUCUCCAUAAGAUUACGGCUCAAGACAUUCACUUUGGGCACGAAAAGAGUGGUGUAAACAGCGAUAGACCCAUAGAGACCACGACUGUCCUACCGGUGCAGUCAAUCACUGCCACCAGUGAUACAAACAACAGUGAUAUGGACUCUGAUCUCGAAGUGAUAGACAUUAUACCGGCGCCCAAACGCACCGCCCAUACAGUGCCGGUGCGGCCCAUCUCUGACCACACAUCAAAACGCUUACUAAUUGAUAAUGAAACCAGUGGUCACACCAAUAGUUACUUAUGCGAUGUCGAGGGUUGCGGCGGUGUAUUUGUCUGGAAAUAUGAUCUCGAUCUGCAUCAGGCGAUUGCCCACAAAGUGGCUGUCCGUCUGACGCAUCCGUGCGGUCAAUGCGAGCAAUCGUUUGAUAGCGUAGACCAAUGGGCGGACCAUAUGCUCGCCCGGCAUCGGGGGUCUGACCACACAUGCGAUAAGUGUCCCAAAGUGUGUAAUACUUGGCGCCAAUUGAUUGACCAUCAAAACGCUGUCCACUCGCAGCCGACGCACAACUCGUUUACGUGUAGUCAAUGCGACCGACAGUUUGUCACCCAAAAGAAGCUGAUCCGCCAUCAGAAGUGUUUCCACUCACUAUUUCCCCGUAUUUUGCGGUUUAAGUCAUAUGAGAGUCAAUGA